AUGUUUAGAAACACUGCUCUCAAGGCCACCAACAGCGGUAUGCUGCGUGGCGCGACCUCUUCAUCAUGCCGGCGCUCGUUCCACCUCGCCACUAGCGCUCGCAGCUCUUCAAAAAGCUCCGGCUUCAGCAUGACCGCCCGUCGGCCUCUUGCUGUUGUCGACCGUGCUUUCAACGGCGCCCGGUCCUACGCGGCCCCCGCGGAGGGCCAAAGUCAAGGAGUGGUAAGCAACAACAAUCUUAGUGAUCGGUAG